AUGCCGUUUUUCACUAUUCCAUUUUCAGUGAAAAUUGCUGUUGCAAUAGGCGCUGCUGUUGGUGCAGGCAUGGCGGUGGCAAAUAACCAAGAGGCUAUUUUACAAGCAGCAGAAACGAUAUUUACCAAAAGUGCAGACUAUUGUCGACAGAGGUUGGAUAAGGUCAAAAUCAAAAACUCGCAAGUGAUAUAUGCUGAUGAUAUCGAUGAUUUUGAGCUUUCUGAAGCAAGAGCUACCGGGUCAAAUUUGAGGGAUGGAGAGAGUGACUACGAAAACGUUUCUACUCCAGAUACUACAGAUUUUCUGGAGAUAGACACAGACAUGGAAGGAGAAGAAGAGGAAGAGGAAGAGGAAGACAACGAUAACAGUGCUGCUACAAGUGUAGUCAGUUUGGAUUAG